AAGCAGUGCCAAUCAAGAUAGAUUGGGCAGCAGCAGCAACAUUGUAUCGUUUGACAGAACUAAAUAGUUACCUUGUACAUCAAGAGGAACGAUUUUUCUAAAUUUAUACUGACGUCGACAGACAGCCUAUUAACAUAAUCUUUAUUCCUCAAUCAACAUUUUAAAUACAUAGUCAUAUAUUUUUGAAUCUCCGGUUUUACCAGACAGAUGUGGAUACAGUUCUACUGGGAGUAACACACCUGCAGUAAAGAGGGGAAGAGGAUCCUAAUUCAGAGGACCAGUGGAUGACCUGCCUACUGUACAGACCAUGAUCUGAAGGCCCCGCCACGUGGCCCCAUUCGUUCUUCUUCAUUAUUUCCUGCAGGGGUAAGAGCUCCUAGACUAGCCGCCACUGACAGGUGGAGCGGAGGGAGAUAGAGAGAGUGUGUACAAGAAAGAGUGCGACAGCCAAGCGCCUACCAACCACCUCCACAGGACAGCCGUGCCCUCUGACCCCGCCACGCCCCCUGCCCCUCCCACCGCCAGACCGGAACCAUGGGAAGGAAAAAGAUCCAAAUACAGAGGAUUACAGACGAACGGAACAGACAGGUGACGUUCACCAAGAGGAAGUUUGGCCUGAUGAAGAAGGCGUAUGAGCUGAGCGUGCUGUGCGACUGUGAGAUCGCCCUCAUCAUCUUCAACCACUCCAACAAGCUGUUCCAGUACGCCAGCACCGAUAUGGACAAGGUCCUGCUCAAAUACACAGAGUACAACGAGCCCCACGAGAGCCGUACCAACGUCGACAUCAUGGAGGCUCUGAACAAGAAAGAGCACCGUGACUCAGAGAGCCCAGACCCUGAGGAGCCCUUCUCCCUCACCCCCCACACUGAGGAGAAAUACAAAAAAAUUGACGAGGAGUUUGAUAAAAUGAUGCAGAGCUAUAGGCUGUCAUCAGCCGUCCCACAGCCCACUUUCUCCAUGCCCGUCACGGUGCCAGUGUCCAAUCAGAAUGCUCUCCAGUUCAGUAACUCUGGCGGCCUGGUAACCACUUCCUUCGUCACCUCCACCCUCACAGACCCCCGCCUGCUUUCGCCACAGCAACCAUCUCUACAGAGGAACACUGGGUCUCCAGGGUUACCACAGCGACCGGCCAGCGCAGGUGCUCUAUUAGGAGGUGAACUGAACAACUCCAACGGAGGAUGCCCGAGCCCUGUUCCGAACGGCUACAUCAGUGCCAGGGCCUCCCCCGGCCUCCUCUCCGUCUCCAACGGCAACAGCCUGGGGAAAGUAGUCCUGGCCAAGUCUCCACCUCCGCCCAGCCCUCAGAUGGUGAACAGCCGCAAGCCUGAUCUCCGGGUCAUCACCUCUCAGAGCGGCAAGAGCCUGAUGCAGCUGACCGAUGAGGAGCUGGAGUUGGUGAGUGAGAAUGCUCAGAGGUUAGGCGGUUCACAAGGGAACCUGUCCACGCCAGUGAUUUCCGUGGCGACGCCCAGUCUCCUAGCCCCCUUCUCCGCCAUGCAGACGGCCUACAACACUGAGUACCAGCUGACAAGUGCAGAUCUCACAGCGCUCCAGACAUUCACACCAUCAGGGUUGCUGCCUAGCAACAUGUCCACCUGGCAACAGCAACCAGCAGUAUCCCAGCAGCAGCAACAACAACAACAGCAGCAGCAGCAACAACAACAACAGCAGCAGCAACAACAACAACAGAUCAGCUUGGCGUCACUCAGUAAUUUGGUCAUGUGGGGCGCAGAGAAACAGAACGGGGAGAUGGCUAACUGCAUUUCCAAUUUCGCUGCUAACCUGAGCAUGGCCUCUCAAUCAAACUUGCUAUUUGGCAGGGAAGAGGGUCUCUGCUGGCCGGUGGGCCACUUACCUCAGGGCACCAUGCUGACGAUUAACACCAACCCCAACAUCAGCAUCAAGUCGGAGCCCGUGUCGCCCAACCGCGACCGCAGCACCCCAUGCUCAACAGCUGGGGGUGGCGGAGGAGGGGGCCUAGUGACCAUCACAGGGGCCCCUAUGUCAGGCCAGUACCCAGGGGCCUUGCGCCUGGAGCCGUCCACCCUGCAGGGCCGCUCACCCGUCGGCAGCCUGAGCAGCAAUGGCAGCUCCUACGAGGGUGACCGGGACAAUGGGGCCCAGGGGCAGGCCCAGGACUUCCACCACCAGGGAGGGGCCUCCUCGGCCAUGGGGCUCCUGAGGCCCUCGUCCACUCAGGAGCAGCAGGAGCAGGAGGGGGCCAAUGUGAAAAGAAUGAGACUGGACACCUGGGUCACAUAGAUGUGUAGAACAAGAGAGUGAAGGGGAGAGAUGCCCCAUCCCACACCCUUUUAACGUAUGUACAGUAAAUGCUGACCUCACACCCAUGCCUCCACAACACACAAACACACACAUGCACCGGACACGCCCAUUUGCGCAUGCUCUUCUACUCUUGCACACACUCUUUCUCUCACAAAUGUAUGCGUUGACACACAAGCUGCAUACUGUUUUCACACUAUAUUGUACUACACACACACACACACACACACACACACACACACACACACACACACACACACACACACACACACACACACACACACACACACACACACACACACACACACACACACAAACACCCUCUAUAGGGGCAGAGUUACCGAACCAGGGAUUACAUGUCAACAUAGUGUGUUGGACAAGAUUAGGAUUGGAAUGAAUGAGUUCUCUUUUGAUCAAGCAGGCUCGGUCUCCUUUUCGUUUUGAAGGGACAGAGAGCAGCUACAAAACUGACUGACUAUUGACUGACUAAUGACAUUGCUGGGUUUUCUCUUCAUCCUCUACAUCACAUAAUACACACCUGGUAUCCUCUAGUCUUUUAUCCACAGUAGGUCUCUAGUCCAGCUGCACUGCUCUGUUGAGAAACAGUAGAACAACCAAAAUGAAUCCACUUCUUUGUAUCUGCCCAGUGGCACUGUUAUAUCCAGCUUUUGGUGUUUUUGUAAAGAGUAUGAGAUUUGUGAAUGAGAUUUAAACUUUUUUUUAAAUAUAUUGCGUCCUCUCUCUGUCUGACUGUUGUCCAUCAACCAUCUUUAAAUUUCUAUUAACAUUUCUGUUUUAGAUUUGAGAACCCAAAAUUCACUGAGUCAAUCUGAUUAGCGAUCCAUUUUAUAAGACAGGAUUUACUCUUCUAAAGUGGACGAUUCUUGUUUUGUUUAGUUUUAGCCAGGUAUUUAAUCUGAAACAUCGAUACCUUAUCUAGGUCAAAUACUGUUUUAUCAGGGAAGGGCUGCACUAGCUCUGACACAUGCUACAGAUACCUACCGAUCAACUUCAGAUGCUGCGUGUGUUUCCUGUUCUGUGAUAUCUAUUUCAAAUGCUCUUUUUGUGUUUUUUUUUUUUUUUUACUACCUUCUUGACUUUUCGAUUUUCACCACGUUCAAAUCCAUCCACACUCACACACACAUAUUUUUGUUAAACAAUGCCUGUGAUUCAGAAGGCUCUGAAUAGGAGAUGAAAAAGUGAAGAACUGUGUAUAUAAACAAUUUGUUCUGUUUCCUUCUGUAUGGCUUUUGUAUAGCAGGGACAUUGUUUUUUUGAGGGUAAACAUAUAGAGCAUAUAAAUAUAUAUUUAAACAGCAGCGAUAGCAGAUUUUGAGAGUAAGUGAUGAACUGCAUACGAUGCAGAGGAAAUGAUAGAUGACAGGGAUUGUAUAUAGAAAUAUAUGUUCACAUAUGUUCAGCAGGAUAUCCCUAAAAGCUAAUGUGUUGAUUCUCAGUGGGUCUUUCUAUUUAUGUGUACAUAAGUGUACUAGGUUGCAAAGCCAGGUGAGGGUGCUAGAGGGACAGAAAAGGAAGUAGCAGUGGAUUGGACUGUUUGAGUGAGCAGUGGUUAGUGGAGUGCACUUUAACCCCUUCCUCCCCCCAAGCCCCCAAAAUGCCCCCUCUCUUUAAAAGCCAGGUGUCCUCCAGAAAGGGACAGUCAUGUCUGCAUGUCCUCGGGCACGUCAAACUCAUUCAACACACACACACACAAACACAUUUUCACACAUUAGCCAGACAAGUAUCCCCUGUGCUUUCUGUUAGAGGAGAGUUCCCUGGCCACAUUAAUUAAUUACAGCAUUUCACUCAUUGAACCGUAGUGUAAACUCGACCGCUCCCUACCAGUGACUUAAGACAAGUCCAUCUCACGCUCAUUUGACCCCUGCCACUAUCAAUUGUCUGCCAAAACGCCUCAUUGCUCCACACACUCAAACACCAUACUCGCAUAUACUCUGCACUCCGUCCAGAACAUGUUCAAAUGACCUCCCAUUGGCUCUUUAUCGUUUUAUAUUGUUGUAGUUGUUGCCGUAGGGAUUGUGCAGCCUGACUCGUCAGGAGUCUAGACGAUCGUCUAGAGGUGGAUGGCAGAGAGAGAGGGUGAUCACGCCUGCCGGUAUAUUCACACACCCUUAGACUGUAAGACUGUUGUGUCCUGAGCUUUGAACAAAACGUUGACCCUGAUGUUUUAAAGUUUUUUAAAUAAUAAUGGUAGCCAUGUCUUGAAUAGGGCCACAUGCCAUGAAGCGAUGUUUCAUACCUAGACUAAAUGGUGACUAGCGGAAGCAGGCGAUGGGGUUGGUUAGUACUAUGGACGCUGGCCAAUCGAGGUGUUGUAUAAAGCCCUGACAUUAUCCCAGAACAACACUAAGGGUCACUGUAAUCACAAAUGAAAAGACAAUCGUCAUGACAAUAGUUAACCUGCGCCCCCAUAUUCCCCAUAUAUAAUGAAUGAUGUUUAGAGAAUCUCACUUUCCAGUGUUAAUUUGUGCUGGUGACAGUUCUAUUGUCUGUUUUUAUUAUAAUUGUUCUAUGAUAAUUGCUAUUAUUACUGUUAAUAUUAUCAUUAUUGUGACCAUCGAUGGUAAUUGUAAUGAUGAUAUAGAAAAGGCCAUUUUAUUUUUUGCGGUUUUGUGUAGGUUAGGAAUCUUGUUUUAUUUGAAUUUUAUUUGAUUAUAUAUAAAUAUAUUUUUGUUUUGUUUUCAUUUUUUGUUUAGUUUUUUCUUCAAAGGGUGUACUAAAAUUGCACGAUUUAUGACGCAAAACAAAACGGCUGUAGUAAUAUUAGUACAUGUGAGAUCAUGAAAGGUGGUAAACAAGUUUAAUAUGAUAACCAGUUCAAUGCUGCAAUUUUUUUGUCAAAUGUACAAAACUUAGUCUACAGAUAGUAAAGUGACGACAAGACACAUUUAAUUUAUUUCUGACCAGACACAAAGAUGUCAAUGCAUGGGCAUAACACAAACAAAGAAUGAAUCCUGUUAUAGGAAAUGCAUAUGAAAUGUAAUAUUAAUAAGAAUAUACAUCACCCAGAAAUAAAAUAGAAAUUGAAGAAAAAAAGUACAAUUAUAGCUAAUAUAUUGUGUUCGGCUAGUCUGCUUUUUGUUGUAAACAAAAUGAACUUUUUUGUUGUUUUUGGAGAAUGAUAUACAAUUUGUGUAUAUUUUCAUAAAUAAAGUAUGCACUGAUGUUAUUACAAAUUCUA